CAGCAGAAAGCACGCCACGCUCCCCCCUCCCACCGUCCCACACUCCCACGUCGGCUCUUCACUCCUCGCAAAGCGAAGAACGGGGCCGGGGAGACCGGGCGAAGGGGGAGCGAAGAUCCGGGAGCAGAGCUGCUGCCAGAUCCCGCAAAGCGGGCGGCGAAGUAACGGCUGUGCCUCCAUCGCGACCUCUGCAGUUUCGGCUCCGGGCGGCGCCUGCUUGCCUGCCUGUCUGCCUCCCUGCAGAAACGUACGAGCCGGCUUUCGAUAGCACAGUAAAUUCCAUCGGCGGCUUCUACUGCCGCCGCUCUGUCCACAGCGUCCAACUGUCCGGCGAUACUCAUUAAUUUACUGCCCGGCGCGCGACAGGAGAGAGCGCGGCCGGCGAUCGGUGUGAGGAUGGUGCCGGGCGAUCACGCGGAGGAGGCCAUCGUGCCCAUGGCGGACGGCGCCAACGGCAGGGGGGAGGUGCGCGCGAUGGACACGGCGUGGGACGGCGGCGAGGACUCCGAGCAGCAGCAUGGCGGCGGCGGGAAGUUCAGCAUGAAGGACCUGCUGUGGCACGGCGGCUCCGUCUGGGACGCCUGGUUCAGCUGCGCCUCCAACCAGGUUGCGCAGGUGCUGCUGACGCUGCCCUACUCCUUCUCGCAGCUGGGGAUGGUGUCGGGCCUCCUGCUGCAGGUGUUCUACGGCCUCAUGGGCAGCUGGACCGCCUACCUCAUCAGCGUCCUCUACGUCGAGUACCGCGCCCGCAAGGAGAAGGAGGGCGCCAGCUUCAAGAACCACGUCAUACAGUGGUUCGAAGUCCUCGAUGGGCUGCUGGGCCCGUACUGGAAGGUGGCUGGGCUCGCCUUCAACUGCACCUUCCUCCUCUUCGGCUCCGUCAUCCAGCUCAUCGCCUGCGCAAGUAACAUCUACUACAUCAACGACCGGCUGGACAAGCGGACAUGGACCUACAUCUUCGGAGCCUGCUGCGCCACCACCGUCUUCAUCCCCUCCUUCCACAACUACCGCAUAUGGUCCUUCCUAGGACUCGGCAUGACCACUUACACAGCAUGGUACAUCACAAUCGCUGCUGCCGUCCACGGCAAGGUCGACGGCGUCAAGCACUCGGGCCCGACCAGCCUCAUGCUCUACUUCACCGGCGCCACCAACAUCCUCUACACUUUCGGAGGCCAUGCCGUCACCGUCGAGAUCAUGCACGCCAUGUGGAAACCUCGCAAGUUCAAGUACAUCUACCUGGUGGCGACGUUGUACGUCUUCACGCUGACGCUGCCGUCGGCGGCGACCAUGUACUGGGCAUUCGGCGACGCGCUGCUCACGCACUCCAAUGCCUUCUCCCUCCUCCCCAAGACCGGGUGGCGCGACGCCGCGGUGAUCCUCAUGCUCAUCCACCAGUUCAUCACCUUCGGCUUCGCCUGCACCCCGCUCUACUUCGUGUGGGAGAAGGCCAUCGGCAUGCACCACACCGGCAGCAUCUUCCUCCGCGCCCUCGCGCGCCUUCCCAUUGUCGUCCCCAUCUGGUUCUUCGCCAUCAUCUUCCCCUUCUUCGGGCCCAUCAACUCCGCCGUCGGCGCCCUCCUCGUCAGCUUCACCGUCUACAUCAUCCCCGCCGUGGCACACAUGCUCACCUACCGCUCCGCCUCCGCCAGACAGAAUGCGGCGGAGAAGCCGCCGGCAUUCCUGCCGAGCUGGAGCGGGAUGUUCGUGGUGAACCUCUUUGUCGUCGUGUGGGUGCUGGUCGUCGGCUUCGGGCUCGGCGGCUGGGCCAGCGUCACCAACUUUGUCAAGCAGAUCGACACCUUUGGCCUCUUCGCCAAAUGCUACCAAUGUCCACCCAAGGCGCACGUUGGGUCGCCUCUCUCGGCGCCGCCGCACCACUAGCGGGGCAGUUCCAGCCGCCAGCCGGAAACAAGGAGCUUCCGAUCGAUGCUAGUUUCUGAUCGCCUUGUCAUAGGACAAAUCUCCUAUAGCGCGUUGGUGAAGCUAGGGUAGUACUAGAACAUCUUGCAUGUUUAUCACUAGCCAGGAUUAUUAUGCAGUUCAUCGGUUUAUUUUCUAUGGUAAAAAUAUCUCUGCUUCAAAAAUACCAUAUGUUGAUGCCGUUC